AUGGACAAGCCACACCCUCGCGAAAGCAAUGGACUUCUCAAUCUAUACAGCAAUGUGGACAGGCCAAUCGUUACUGAAAUUACAGAGAACUCCAAGAAGAUGGACGACUGGAAGGUCACUCUAAUUGGUGGCUCCUGUGCUUGUGCUGUUGUUUUUGUCGUUAACCUCGGCGUCACCAUCUGGUCCAGCGUGAGCCUACAAGACAACCAGUCGAGCCGGAGAAUUAUCUACGAGGGUUCGUGUUCAACAACUCGGAACAUGAAUCUCGGGAUUCACCUUGUCAUCAACAUCUUUGGUUCGAUCCUUCUUUCCGCCAGCAACUAUGGGAUGCAAUGUCUUUCGACACCAACCAGGGCCGAUGUUGACAAAGCUCAUGCACAGAAGAGAUGGGUAGAUAUUGGGAUCCCUAGCUUUCGCAACUUGAGAAAAGUAUCUGCAUGGAGAGUAGCACUUUGGUGGCUGCUUAUCCUUUCUUCGGUACCACUUCAUCUCUUACUCAACUCGAUGGUCUACUCAUCCUUAACGGCAUUCUAUUACGAGACUUAUACCGCGGAUAGGAACCUCCAGCUACUCGAGAGUGAAUCUGGACAUGUACCUGCAGAUAACUACACCAUAGCCGAGUUUGAGCCGAGGAACAUUACAGGCAGUCAACUCGAUAACCUCACCGCCUUGGAGUGUAUCGACCAGUAUGGUGCAAUGUUCCUGACAAACAGGAUCGACGUGAUACUGGUUGUCGACACUUCAACGUCCAAACCUGAAUCGAAAAGGGCACACGAGAUAAACUCUACCUUGUUACACAACGUUGGACGAGCAUUAGAUAACAACUGCCCUUCAUCAGAUUAUGAUUGGAUUUGUCCUAACCAAGAUUGCGACAACCCUUGUCACUUCCAAUUGCCACAAGUUAAACUUCAGUCGGAUGAUUGGAGACCGUUCGGCAAUAGGGUCGAGUAUUGCCUUAGCGAGCCAGCACCACAAAAAUGUCGACUCAACUUUGACAUUUAUCUUGCGGGGAUUGUCCUUGCAGUGAACUUUAUCAAGGCGAUCAUACUGGCCUUUAUUGUUUUUCGGCCACCAAAAGAGCCCAUGUUUAUUCUUGGAGAUGCUAUUAAAUCAUUCUUGACUCGUCCAGAUGAAUACUCUCGGGGAAAUUGCUUGGCAUCGGCGCGUAUUGUCCGUGACGGCCUCUUUACUCGGCAAAGUAUCAUGCAUACACAACCUAAACGACGCGGAGUUGCUGUUACUAAAACGCGGUGGAUCUUCAGUCUUGUCAUGUAUGGAGUCGCGUUUGCUGUCAGUUGCGGGCUUCUGACUUAUGGUAUCAUAAAGGUCCCCGGCCCCCACGACCUCAAGACCCUCUGGGGGUUAGGAUUCGGAACCGCAAACGAACUCACCCUAAUAUCAGGCAGGGGAUUUACGGAAAAUCAGUUUGGGAGCGACCAGAAUAUCUUCUUUGUAGUUCUCAUAUCCAACCUUCCUCAGCUGAUCUUCUCACUUCUAUACUUCCAGUAUAACAGCCUCUUCACUGCUAUGGCGGCCGCAAAGGAAUGGAGUGAUUUUGGUCGCAAACGACGUCCAUUACGCGUUUCCUCCAACCCGAGAGGUCAGCAACGCUCCCAGUAUUUUCUUCAACUUCCCUACCGCUUUAGCAUUCCGCUUGUACUUGUUUCAAUGCUUGUACACUGGAUGCUGUCACAAAGUAUUUUCAUUGUUAUUAUCGAGAAAUUUGACAAGGUAACAUCAGAAUUUGAGUACCAGGAUGUUGUGAUAACUUGUGGAUACUCGCCAGUUGCCAUUAUCUUUGUUGUUAUCACCUCUAUUUUUAUGGCUGCCGCGGUAGUCAUUACAGCAUUUCGUCGCCUACCAACUGGUAUGCCUGUGGUUGCAAGCUGUAGUUUGGCGAUUGCGGCUGCUUGUCACCAACCAGACGGUUUCUCGUACCCGGAGGCAUCGUUGCUCCCUUUACAAUGGGGCGUUAUGUGUAUUGAAAAGGAAGUGUCUGUUCGGGAGACAACAGAUCAUUGUGGCUUCUCUCAUGGCUCGGUUGAGCAGCCGCAGGAUGGGCAAUUGUACUACUAA